AUGGCUGAAGUGCAUGCCUCCCAGGACCUCCCUGAUGGCGAGGGUGCUCGGGUCGGAAUGUUUUCGGCCAGAUUUGAUGGGAAGGAGACGGAGCAGCUGUUCCGACGCGUGUACAAACUGCUUAAAUCCUGGAACUACCCGGUCCUGAUGGUGGAUGCAAAAGCGGGGAAGGAUUUCGGAGACUACACAGCGAUGUAUCUUGGGCGUCUUCUUGAGAGCCGCGAUGGUGUGAUGCUCUCGGUAUGCACGUGGCACUAUGGAGAGGUCACGAAGUCGAAGUACUCCUCAUAUGAGGAGCUCAAGUUUGCCUAUGGCAACGACAUCGAGAUCCUCCCGCUUAGGUUGUGCGACAUGUGGCCACCGAAGCCCGACUUUGGCCCAAACCAUGCUUGCGAUAAAGAAGGAUUGGCCAACGGGUUCCUCAACAUGGCCUUCCCACCAAGUAAGGUCUUUGUGGACUGCCGGGGUAAAGAUGAACACUGGAUCGCUGCUCAGAUUGCCGAAGCGCUGCAUCGCCCUGCAGAGCGUGACAAGGCGGACAGUGGAGAAGUCGAAGUCGCAAGGCAUCAAGACAAGAAGGACCCGAACGAAGAGGCCAGGGAACGGCUGCUUGAUUUGCUGGAGGAUGCAGAAGAGGAAGAGGAUGAGGUGAAGCUCAAAAUGAAGAACGCGCCCAGCCACAGCAAACGAAUUGUCGUCAUUGGAGGAAGUGGGGUUGGCAAGAGCAGCUUCUGUGGCAUAUUGGAUGGCACCCUUCGGAAAGGUGAAGACAAGAAGUGGACCUCGAGCUUCAAACUUGGCCACGGUGCCAACUCAGAGACGAACACUCCGGACUUGCGUGUCUGCAAUUGGCGAGGCCAUAGCGGCGACGGCGAGCUGCCGAUCGUCAUCAUGGACACGCCUGGCAUGGAAGACACCAGAGGCCCUGCGAAGGAUCUGGAGCACAUGGCCAAGAUCGCCGAAUGGAUCAACAGCAUCGAGUACAUUCACUUAUUGCUAUUACUCGUGGAUUCCUCCGUCCGCAUUACCGACAGUCUCCGGCGAAUUCUCGAGUUUUUCCAGGAAAGAUUCGGGAAGGAGAUGUGGCGGCACACCAUGGUGGUUGUCAACAAAUGGCAGUACGACGAGCGCACCAUGGACAUGCGUGAGGACGGCGACCUUCCCACGUGCAAGCAGUUUGAGGAGGAGUUCCGCAAAGUGUUGCAGCUGCCAACGCGCCGCGAGGCCAAGGACGGCCAUGCCGGGUUGGGUUUGACAGAAGCAGACUGCAACACCAUGCUGCGAUUUUCCUUCGUCGACACCCUUUACCGCCGUCAGAGUGAAACAGAAAGUGCGGCUAUGGAGAAUGAGCUGGCUCAAAUGCAGCUGACCCUGCGGUGUUUGCCAAACUGGAAGGUGCGGGUCCAAGCCCAGUCACCAGAGCUGAAGCAACUUAUGGACGCCGUGCGCUGCACCAACCUUGCCGAGGAGCUGAAACAGGUCUUUGUUGACGUCAAAAAGGUGGGCAAGCUGCCAGAAGAUGUGACCGACGAGAAGCUGAAGGCCGUGGAGAAAGAGGUCGAACGGAGGUCCGAGUUUGAGAAGGUACAGCAAGCUCUUGAAGAGGCAGAUGCUGCAUUGGAUCGAUUCCAGCACACCGGCAACAAAGCAGAUGCGGAGCUCUGUGUGCAUAAGGUGGAUCUUGCCUUUUCUGUUCCGAAUGCAGCAGAUGCUCCCAAGGCUACUUCUCUGCAGGCGUACAAGCAAGCCCUCCAAGCUGUGCUUAAUGGUAACAGCCCAUCGUACCAGGACUUGCCCGAGGCUUCAAGCAAGUUCAAGCAGAAAGCGACUAAGUUGCUGGAAGACGCACAGACAUUGCAGCAGACAUGGCAAGAUUUGGGCGGCGCUUUGACAGUCUGGAAUAUCAACCCGACCCCGGAUGUGAUGCGUAAACUUGUGAAUUGGGCGAUUCCGAAAGGAGUGCAGUCAGAAGCAGCCAUGGCGCAAAACCUCUCUGAGAGUGUGUUGAACAUUCUCGAUGCUGCGGAUCGUGUGCACAUGAAGAAUUUGCAAGACUGGCAUGCCUACAAGAACCCGAGUACCAACGCAACCACUGCUGACAAGGUGCAGCUGCUGACAGCACUCUUGAAGAGGUCAGAGGAUGCAUCGGUGCAGGCCUCCCGACUACAGGAUAUCAGGGCAGCUUUGCAGUUGGAGAAAGGAGUGGAGGCUGUUGAAGAGGUGCAUGCUGCUCUAAAUCGUUUCCAACAGACAGGCAGCAAAGCUGAUGCAGAGCUCUGCGUGCAGAAGUUUGAGUUGGUCCAAUCGAAGUUCCCGGAGUCUGUCGGGAUUGCUGAUCUGAAGCCGUUCAAGCAAAUCCUAGACGCAGCGCUUUCAGGUCACAGCCCAUCGUACCAGGACUUUGCCAGCGCUUCCAGCACAUUCAAGCAGAUGGUGGACAGACUGUUGCGAGAUGUACAGCAUCGCCAAGUGUUUUCCAAGGUUCUGUCAUCCUGGGGCAUCAGCCCAACCCCGGAUGUGGCGAGUCAGUUUGCCGAUUGGGCGGUUCAGAACGGAGUGCAAUCAGACGAAGACUUGGCACGCAACAUCUCUGACAGUGUUUCGAACAUCCUCACUGCUGCAGAUCGUUCCCACCUCAAGAACUUGCAAGACUGGCAUGCCUACAAGAACCCUGGAGGGAGCAGAACCGCUGCUAAGGCCGUGCAGGUGCUGACAGAGCUUCUAAAGAGGUCAGCAGACGCAGGUGUUGCCGAAGACCGUCUCCAACAGAUUAAAGAUGCCUUGCAAGAUGCCAAGGCAGACGAGGUGCGCAGUGCUACGACGCGUCCCCUCAUCCUACCGGAUGGUAUGCCUGACAACAUACCUGACGGCCUUGGUUGCCGCGUCGGUAUGUUCUGCUGCAGGUUCGAUGGGACCGCAGUGGAGCAUAGGUUCCGACAAGUAUACCAGGUCUUGAAAGACAUGAACUACGCAGUGCUAAUGGUGGAGGCAGCUGCCGGGCCAGACUACGUAGAAAUCAACGAGAGGUACCUGCAACAGAUCAAGGAGGGCAACGGAGUCUUGCUCGCCGUGUGCUCUCAGCACUUUGCCGAAGUCACCUCUUCCCCGGCCUCCUCCUACGGGGAGCUCAGGUUUGCGUACGACCAUGAUGUCGACAUACUUCCCUUGAAAUGUGAUGAUUGCUAUCCACCCGAUCCCCCCUCCGGGCCAGAUCACCCAUACGAUAAGGCAGGAAAGGCCAGAAAGCUCAUCGCCCUCGCGAUGCCACCAACCAAGGUCUUCCUGGACUGUAGGGAUAGGGACGUGAGCUCGAUCGCCGCCCAGAUCGCAGAAGUGCUCCAUCGGCCUCCGUUCCGCGAGGUGAGCGUGCCGGACCGGACAGGAAUGCCACUCCAAGUUCCUGGCAUUCCAAAUGGCAUGGGUGCCCGCACGGCAGUGAUCUCGGCCAGAUUUGAUGGAGGCGAGAUGGAGAAGACGUUUCGGGCAGUUCACAAGCUCCUCUGGGAGCUAAAUUAUACCGUGCAUAUGGUGACAGCCAUGCCCGGGCAGGAUUUUGGAGAGAUGACUGCGAGGUACCUGCAACAGAUCAAAGAGGGCAACGGAGUCUUGCUCGCCGUGUGCACUCACCGUUAUGCCGAAGUCACCUCUUCCCCGGCCUCCUCCUACGAGGACCUCAGGUUUGCGUACGACCAUGACGUCGACAUACUUCCCUUGAAAUGUGAUGAUUGGUAUCCACCCGAUCCUCCCUGGGGGCGAAAUCACCCAUACGAUAAGGCAGGAAAGGCCAGAAAGCUCAUCGCCCUCACGAUGCCACCAACCAAGGUCUUCCUGGACUGUAGGGAUAGGGACGUGAGCUCGAUCGCCGCCCAGAUCGCAGAAGUGCUCCAUCGGCCUCCGUUCCGCGAGGUGAGCGUGCCGGACCGGACAGGAAUGCCACUCCAAGUUCCUGGCAUUCCAAAUGGCAUGGGUGCCCGCACGGCAGUGAUCUCGGCGAGAUUUGAUGGAGGCGAGAUGGAGAAGACGUUUCGGGCAGUUCACAAGCUCCUCUGGGAGCUAAAUUAUACCGUGCAUAUGGUGACAGCCCUGCCCGGGCAGGAUUUUGGAGAGAUGACUGCGAGGUACCUGCAACAGAUCAAAGAGGGCAACGGAGUCUUGCUCGCCGUGUGCACUCACCAUUAUGCCGAAGUCACCUCUUCCCCGGUCUCCUCCUACGAGGACCUCAGGUUUGCGCACGACGAUGAUGUCGACAUACUUCCCUUGAGAUGUGAUGAUUGCUAUCCACCCGAUCCUCCCUGGGGGCCAAAUCACCCAUACGAUAAGGCAGGAAAGGCCAGAAAGCUCAUCGCCCUCACGAUGCCACCAACCAAGGUCUUCCUGGACUGUAGGGGAAGGGACGUGAAGUCGAUCGCCGCCCAGAUCGCAGAAGUGCUCCAUCGGCCUCCGUUCCGCGAGGUAGAAGAAGAAGCAAUGUGA